GUUAAACUCGACGCCAGGUGAGCGUCGAGUUUCUGAGCAGUAGCAACAAAACGAAAACAAGCCCCGCGGGAGCAGCUCCUCCCCCUUCUCCUCUUUCCUCCUCUUUCCUCCUCACAGCGAUGACUCUGAGCUCCGACCGGGUGUCGCUCCUCCGCUCUCGCUAACUGAGCACUUGUUUGCUGCGAAUCCAGGCGUGAUGAUGAGUUCGGACGGCCUCCGCCCGGCGGCCAACCCGGGGCGCAAAGCGCUGGGCAAACUCGCCACCCGCCUGGAGGAGGUGAAGAACCACUGGAGGCAGGUCUCAGCGCUGGAGCUCAGCCACAACGAGGCGGCCCGGCUCGCCACGGACGCGCUGCUGGAGGCGGGGGAGAAGGAGUACCGGCGGGUGCUCUCCGAGGAGCGCGAGCUGAACUUCCUGUCGGCGCUGGAGAUCCAAUAUAUCACCGAGAACGCGGCCAGGAACGCCCGGCCCGACACUAUUGGCUGUAAUGGAGCAGAACGGGACUGCGCGGAAGGGGACGCGGUGUCGGAGCUCACCUCCGGGACCUACUUCCCCAUGAUGUCCGACGAGGAGCCGCCGCUGCUGGAGCUCGGCUGGCCGGAGGUCCCUAACCGCUACGGACCCUCAGAGACCCAGAUUUACUUCCAGAGGGACAAAAGCCAAAACGUGAAGGAUCUGAUCCGCUCACUCAUCAACAAGGCAAAGAAGGUCAUUGCCUUGGUCAUGGACAUUUUCACAGAUGUGGACAUAUUCUGUGACUUAAUCGAGGCCUCUAACAAGCGCAGGGUUCCAGUGUACAUUCUUCUUGAUGAGAAGAAUCUCAGCUAUUUCACUGACAUGUGUACAGCACUAGACAUCCAGAACUCACAUCUGAAUAAUAUGCGGAUACGAAGUGUAUGUGGAGACACAUACUGCACCAAAAGUGGGAAGAAAUUUACUGGGCAAGUCCAGGAAAAGUUCAUGAUCAUCGAUUGUGAGGAAGUCAUAGCUGGAUCAUACAGUUUCACCUGGCUGUCUGCUCAGGUGCACAGCAACAUGAUCCUACACUUCUCUGGUCGUAUCGCUGAAAGCUUUGAUCGGGAAUACCGCUGCCUCUAUGCUGACUCCGAGAUUAUCGAAUGCUUUCACAACCCUGAUGACGAGGGCCUUCCCUAUUACACUUACAACGUCCAGAUACCCAGCAUGGACUUCUUCCAGGACAGAGGUAGCAAGGAGAGGGUGUGCUCUGAAAACUCAAGCAGCCAGUCCAGCAACAGUGUGUCCAGCAUCAAAGCUGCCCCAGGCUUGACCCCUCCGGUCUACAAGGUCUUGCAGGAAAAGAAGGACACAAACACGCUUAAGAGCCCAGAGAGGAGGGUUCUCACAAAUCCAGUUCUUCAGAUGUCACCAGGAAACCAUGCAAGCAGAGUUUCACCCAGUGACACCCUGCAGAGUCCAACCGCAGAGCAGGCAAUGUCAGGAGGAGGUCACCCGACUGCAGUGGAAUGGGUCAAAGCAGGAACGCCAGAAUUCCUCCGGGCAAACCUUGCAGGACCAACAUCUAAAUUCCAGGCUAUGGGUCUCUAUGACACAAAGAACUUUUUCCACGGUGGCUCCAAACCGCCUCCAAUUCCUCAGCCCACCAUGGAGAACAAACACCAUCCCAAAGUGCGCAGUCCCCCAAAUCCAUUUUUCCAUAAAUUUGCGGACCUCUUCUCCCCACCUGCCAAAGAGAAGGACUCUUACAUUUUCCAGCGGUCUCCUCCUCAGAGCACUCACAGCACAGCCUUUGGUGGUCCAGAUCUCUCACAGAAUGAGCCAGAGAGCAUGCAGGGUCCCCCUCCUCCGGGGCCUAUGCCAAAGGACCGCAUGGGUCAGGAGGCAUGGAUCAAUCGCCGGGACGAGAAGCGCAUGACCCUGGGCCACAGUAAACUGGACCUGGUUAAUCACUACAACAAGAUGAAGUCAAAGCAGGUGUACAGCCGCUUUGAACUGAAAAACAAUAACUGACCUUGUUAACACAAACAGACAUUACUCAUGGUUUUUCUUAUUGUACCUCUUGGGUAUAGCAUAUUUUUGGCUCUGUGAAUGGGCAAAAUUUGUAGUGGAAUGUGACCUAUGUGCCUUUUUGCUUUCAAACAAUAAAUAGAUGAAACUUCA